AUGAUUUUCAACAAGGCCUCAAAAUACCAAAACAAAAUAGCGAUCCGUGACGUCACAGGUCAGUACAGCUACCACGAUAUUUUAACCAAAGCUCAAGUUUUGUCCAGCAAAAUAUCCAAACAACUUAAUGGAAAAACCGGAGAACGAGUGCUAUUUUUAUGUCCCAACGAUGCCAGUUACGUAGUCACCAUUUGGGCGAUUUGGAUGUCCGGACAAAUCGCUGUACCAUUGAGCCCUCAACAUCCUCAAUCGCUUGUUGAAUAUUAUUGCACCGAUACAAACAGCAGCCUACUAGUGACGUCAUCGCAAUACGAACAACACUUGUCAAAGCUGUCAAAACAAGUAAAUUUAUUUGUUUUAGAUGAAGAUUUAUUUGUGAAUAAUAAAUCAUUAGUUGGUACUACUGCUAAAUUUUAUAAUGACGCCAUGAUUUUAUACACAAGUGGUACCACAGGCAAACCAAAAGGUGUUGUAUUGACUCAAAAACAUUUCAACUCAAGUUGAAAUAUUAACAAAAGCCUGGAAGUGGAACGAAAACGAUACAAUCUUGCACACGUUGCCGCUUCAUCAUGUGCACGGCACCAUUAACGCCCUAUUUUGCCCCCUAUCAAUUGGAGCAACAACCAUAAUGAUGCCCAAAUUUAACCCUAAAGAAACUUGGCAACACCUACUUAGUGAACAAGUGACAGUUUUCAUGGCCGUGCCUACUAUUUAUGCCAAACUAAUUGACAGCAGCGACUCUGUCAAAGAAAAUUUGACAGCUGUAAGAUUGAUGGUAAGCGGCUCUGCACCAUUGCCAGUGCCUCUCUACAACAAAUGGCUUGAAAUUACCGGCCAUAGAUUACUAGAGCGUUAUGGUAUGACCGAAAUAGGCAUGUGCUUGUCGAAUUUGUACGACUCUGACCGAGAGCCUGGUUAUGUGGGCCUGCCUUUACCCUCUGUAACCGUUGCCAUUGCCAAUGAUAAUGGAGAGAUUUUAUUGCAAUGUAGCAACAUUAAUGGUGAAAUUACAGUAACAAAUAAUCAACCAAUUACAGGUGAAUUAUUGGUUAAAGGUGAUAGCGUUUUCAAAGAAUACUAUAACAAACCAACAUCUCAAGAAUUUCAAAAUGGCUGGUUUAAAACCGGCGACAUCUGUCAAUAUAUAAACAACAAAUUCCGUAUGCUCGGCCGCAGAAGUGCCGACAUAAUAAAAUCGGGCGGUUAUAAAAUAAGCGCCCUUCAAAUUGAAACGAUUCUAGUCGAGCACCCUAGCGUCAAAGAGUGCGUCGUUUUCGGUUUGACUGAUGACGUAUACGGCGAACGCGUGACAGCUGUCAUUGUGCCUACUACUACUGGACAAUUGACGUUGCCAGAGUUGAAAGAGUGGGCCGCCGAUAAGAUGCCGAAAUAUUGGAUUCCGAGUUUAUUGAAAGUGGUUGGGGAAAUUCCGAAAAAUGCCAUGGGGAAAGUGAAUAAGAAGGAGUUGAAGAAGACGUUAUUUUGAUAAUUAAUUAUGUACUUACCAAAUAUGUAAUUUCAAGGUUUGUUCCAACUUGUCAAAAAACUGUCCCAGAACGGUUUCGGAACCACUCUGUAUACGAAUUUCGGUUUCUACGCAAACAUUUUAGGUUUUGCGCAGAAUCCUGACGGUAAUAUUACGGUUUUCUGCUGGGUUGGAACAGAGCUAUUGAUUCAUCGUUUCCCAUUAUCACUAGCAUUUAAUUAAGAUGUUAAUAAACACUCAAAAAUAGUUUUUUCAAUUAAAACUAGCACAAAAUAGCCAAUAAAAUUCAAAUUUUCAGAGACACUUGUAACGACUUGUCUACAUCCGCCAUUUUUUUAAUUUGAAAGCUUGUCAACAAGUGUGCAUUCAGCUGACGUUACUUUUUUCAAAAGUGUUUUUUUUUGUGUUUGCUACUUUUUUAAACUUUUAAAAUGUAUUUCAAUUGUGCUUCUAAUCUAAUUGUUUUAUAAAUAAUUCCAUUGUUUGAGUUCGAGUACCAAGAGUUUUAAAAAAAUGUACUCUAAUAGUUCUAGUUCACGUGGUGCAACUUUCGCAGUUAAUGAAAGGUCUGUUCCAUGUUCCAACACACCAAAAAACCGGUUUCAGAACCACUCUUUGCACGAAUUUCGGAUUCUACGCACAAAUUUUAUGUUUUGUGCGUUUUUCUACUGAUUUGGAACGAAC